ACGCGCCAUACAAGGUCAAGCCAUCGCUCCUUGGACGGUUGGGACAGAAGGAGAGCUGGAUGCAAGUGGUGGAGUCUAUCAUGGAUCGUGUGCCAAAGGAGGACAGGACUCGAGUGGGAGAAUUGGUUCUACUCUAUAGACGCAAGCUCCAGGAAGACGAUGACACCACGAUCCUAACUCAUUCACGGGAAGACGGAGAGAAGGCUCUGGUAGAAGCUAUAAUCAAGAAAUGGGACUUUAACCUCUGGCGUCCGUUCCCAGCAGGUCUCGAGAGGAAACGGGUGGAGUAUGGUAACUGGAUUGUUUUGAAAGUCAAGGCCUAG